AUGGUCCGAUUCGCUCCGGGCCUCGAUCUCCCGCCCGCAGCACGUCCGCGGCGAACCAGCUCCGCAGGCACUGCGGGCACCGGCAGACGUGGCUCCAUCUACCAGCGCUUCCAGGGCGGCUACACCGAUGGUGUCGACGCCGGUGUGGGCUCCAAAGCCCGCACGCUUUCCGUCGCCAUUCCUCACGAGCUGUAUGUCGACGAGUGUCGCCUGGCCGAGCACUUUAGCGUGCUUUCCCGCGCCGGGAAGAAAGACAUUGGCGAAGGCGGAGCGGCCGUGGUGCACCUGAUGCAAAGCAAGACCGCCGGACCCGGCAAGGUAUUUGCCGUCAAGGCCUUCCGCGACUGGGAACCCGACGAAGAACUCGAGCGGGAGUAUGUGCGCAAAAUUAAAAGCGAAUACGCCAUUGCGAAAUCGCUCGAGCAUCCCAACAUCAUUCAGACAUACCGCCUAUGCCACUCCGACAAGAAGUGGUUCCACGUCAUGGAAUACUGCGACCUCGGCGACCUCAACGAUCUUAUCAACAAGGGCUACUUCUCGCGCGAGGACCGCAAUUGCAUGUUCAAGCAACUCCUGCGCGGAGUGGAAUACCUGCACAGCCGGGGCAUCGCGCAUCGCGAUCUCAAAUCGGAGAAUCUCCUGCUCACCUCCACCGGCUGCCUGAAACUCGCCGACUUCGGCACAGCGGAAGUCUUCAGCGGCAUGCAUCCCGGACUGCGAGGGUGCAGACGACAAAGUCUCGUCAAAGAAGAAGAUGAGGUGCGAUUGUGUGCGCCCGGCCUCGUGGGCAGUCGACCCUACAUGGCGCCGGAGAUUAUCGAGCACGAAGACCGAUACGAUCCGCGAGCAGUGGACAUCUGGUCGUGCGCCAUCGUCUACCUCACGCUCUGCAUCGGCGGCACACCGUGGGAGUUUGCCUCGACGGACGUCAAAAACUACAACAUCUUCUGCAGCACGUGGGACACGUGGUACGAGCGGUACCCCGAUCGCCUUCUCACAAAGGAGCGCGUCCUGCCCGCGUUCGCGUACACGAAGCAAUUCGCCAUGCUGGACGACAUGGGCACCAAGUGUCUGGUGAUGGGCAUGUUGCAUCCGGAUCCCAGCAAACGGUGGUCGGCCAAGGACGUGUUGGAGAGCAAGACGGUCGUGGAUUACCCGUGUUGUCAGCAGGAUGGAUACAGUGACGAUAUUAAGACACGACAACGCAAAGCGAUGCACAACCAUUGUCCGCCGAAGCCGGUCAAGGGGUCGAAGUUCUUGAAACCCAAGUGA